AUGACCAAUCAAUGCUAAGCUUUCAUCAUCAUCAACUGUUAAGGAACAAAAUACAUAUUCGCGACUGUAAUUUUACUAUCACGUUUACAAAAUGAGUUAUAAAAUAGAGAGAGAAGAGGAAAAUGACAGCGAUGAUAUGGACGAAGAUAUUGACAGUUCUUGUUUUACACAUGUUUCAUUUGACAGCUCUGGUGACACGCAAAAUAUGUAUAUUUUCGGAAAUCCCAAAAAUGCCAGUUCGACUUCCAUCCAGUCUUUUGACAGUUACAGUCUGAUUGACAAUGACGACAAUGAAUGUUCAGGGUAUAUUCAGCACACUCUGUCUGAUGACCAGAUCUUCAUGCUAUAUUUCAGGUAUAUUCAGCACACUCUGUCUGAUGACCAGAUCUUCAUGCAGAUCCACCCUGGGGACCAUCAGAUGCCCGACAAUCCAUCGUACGCCACUCUGACCAUAGAGAGCACAAAUCCAGAAACCAAACACAAGGAAAUCAAAAGGUUCACAUGUGACUACGCCGGGUGUCAAAGGACAUACAGCACCUCUGGCAACUUGAAGACUCACAAGAAGACACACAAAGGGGAGUACACGUUCAUCUGUAAUGAGCAGAGCUGUGGGAAGCAGUUUCUCACGUCGUACGCAUUACGCAUUCAUGUGCGGGUCCACACGAAGGAAAAACCUUUUGAGUGUGAGGUGUCUGGGUGUGAGAAACAGUUCAACACUGUGUACAGGUUACGUGCCCACCAACGAGUACACACAGGUCAGACAUUCAACUGUGAGGAAGACGGCUGCACCAAGUUCUUCACGACGCUGUCUGACCUUCGCAAACACAUCCGCACACACACAGGAGAGAAACCUUUCAAGUGUGUGGAAGAUGGUUGUGGGAAGGCAUUCACAGCCAGUCAUCACCUCAAGUCACACAAGAUCACCCACACAGGAGAGAAGCCCUAUCAGUGCGGUCAAUGUGAGGGCAAGGCCUUCUCUACAUCUCACAGCCUCAAGAACCACCUGAACAGGCAUGUGGCAAAACAGGAGAACAAACAGAGCGUGGAGCAUAUUGAACAUUCAGAGUCUUCAUUACCGAUGAUGGAUGCUGAGGAGUUGCUGGAAACCAUGACAAAGUUCCAAACCUCCCAUCCCAGCAACCAGGGAAUCACAUUGUAUCCAGUCGAUGAGGAAGGUAACAUAGAGGUAGAGCCAGUAAUUAAGGUUCCCAUAGUAACAGCUGGAGUUAGGCCACGAUCAUCACAGCCUGCCUCUGAAACCACGCCCACCUCUCGUACGUGUAACACUGACUGCAAAUGUGCUUGCUGUGACAUGCCCUUUGCUAUAACCCCCAGGGUCGUAAAAUCAAAAGUGAAAAGUGGACCACAGAAAAAGAACAGAUCUAGUAAACAGGAUGCCGCAAAACAACAAAAAACUUUUACUUCAGAACAAUGCUGCUUUUCGCCGGAGAUAAGUGAUAAUGUAGAAGGUUAUUCAGAAUUACAGGAUUCUGAAUGUGUUCUGAAAUGUGUUGCGGAUCAUAAAUGUGCUACUACUUCUGGCAGUAAUACUUACAUUGGUUCCGGUCACAAUAAUAUUGAUAACAAUGUGGACAUGGUGUCCAGUGAUACAGGGGUACCCCUGAUAGACGGUGCAGUUCCCAAUACGGGGGAUGGGGAGGGUGUGGAAGAGGUGGGUGAGAAAGUACUUGUUCAGCAUUACCUACUGACCAGCAUCAUAACAAACUCGUCCAGCGGUAAACAGACCAAUCAGUUGAUCACCACGCCAAUCAUGCUGCCUAAUGCCUGUAACACAGAGGUAAACAGUGACCAGUUGAAACCGGUUCCUGUCCACUUGGUGGCCAACCUGCUUGUCGGGCAACAGUGCGAAAUGGCUACCGAAUCUCAGGUGUCGGCUAUCAGUGCAUUUAGGGCGGAAUUAAUACCCGAGGGCAUCAACACAGGGGUGUAUCCCAGCGAACAAGAUGCGGCAACUUGUGAGACCAAUGAAAUUGGAAAUAUUGCAUACAUUAAACAGGCGAGCAUUGGUGACAUUGAAUCCAUGCCGUAUCCAAACUCAAUCUGUGAUAACGUUGAGGGAAUAACUAACAUCACUGUUUCAGAACCCAGUUUAAUGUCCACCCCUGUCGCUCCAAUGAUUAUUGAUGCCCAAUGUAUGGACAAAUGUUGCAACUACACGGGGACAGUAGUGGACGGAAGGGAGUUCCUACUGACUGGCCCACUGACCACUGACCUGCCCCAGGGUGGGAAUUUGGGUCAGGGGGUCAUGGUUAUUGGGCCAGGGGACUUGGAACUCUCAAUGGCAGCUUCACAAGAACUGAAUGACGCCCUCUCAAGCAUUUAGUUUUCAGGAAAUAUGGGAGACUCGUUUUGGGGAAGACUGGGCUUAAUGCAUGGGAGUAAAGUGUCAUCUCAGAUUAGCCUGUGCAGUCUGCACAGGCUAAUAAGGGAUGACGAUUUCUGCUUUUAUUUAAAUUUUAGUUUCAAGAAAGUUUCUAAAAAUUAAACGUCCAGUUUAUGCGGCAAGUGUCGUCCCUUAUUAGCCUGUGCACAUUGCACAGGCUAAUCUGGGAUGAUUCUAUGCAAAUGCAUUAAGCUCUGUUUUCCCAAAACUGUAACUUACAGACAUAUGUUAGAAGAGUCAGGAUCACACAAUGAAUAUUCUUCCAAUUAUGUUUUUUUUAAGUAUUAGUGCUAUUGAUAUUUUAUUCACUGUAUUUCGUGGAACUUACACUUCACCUUUCCCCACUGAGUUAUGUCCAUUUUGACAUAGAUUUCCGAGUUUAAGUUGUCACUUGAUGGUUCUAUAAACUCUACUACCAACGAAAUGGCAACUCAUGUUAGAGGUUUAUGAGUGACUUAGUACAUGUACAAAGUGCACUUUCAAUUCAUCAAAAACAGAACUAUAAUCAUUGUUGUAAUUACAAUACUUCUUUGAGGCAAUAUUAUUUAUGUGAUAAUAAAACAAAGGUUUAUUUUAAAACGCAGUGAACAUGUCAUAUUAUGCAGAAUUAUUUCUUAAUAUCUUAAGACUCCAAUUAAGUGUUACAAGAAAGGAUGAAUUUAUGCAGAACAGAAGAUGAAGUUGUUACCUGUGUUGCUCAGCGUAAGAUCAGGUCCCGUAUUCACCAACCAAUUCUUAAACUUAACUCUAAAAAAUUAACAAUAUUCUCAAAACUGAAAUAUUCUUAAAUAUGGGAAGUACAUGUUAAUGCAUGUAAUGACAUGGAAUUUAACACCAUUUAUUACACAUUCGUCAUUAAGAACUAUUCUUUUAUGACAAAAAGAAUAUUGUAACCAUUAUAUGUUAAAAUGCUGAGGGUAUUUUCGUUGUUCUAUGUAUAUGGGUGUGCUCUGUGAAAAGGGGGUUUAAUGCAUGUGUGAAAAGUGUCGUCCCAGAUAAGCCUGUGCAGUCCGCACAGGCUAAUCAGGGACGACACUUUCCGCUUUAAUAAUAUUUUCUGUUUAAAGAAAGUCUCUUCUUAGCUAAAAUCAAGUUUAGGCAGAAAGUGUUGUCUCUGAUCAGCCUGUGCAGUCCGCACUAAUCUGGGACAACACUUUACGCACAUGCAUUAAACCCCCUUUUCACAGAGCACAGCACAUAUUUAUGCCCCCCUUCAAAGAAGAGGGGGUGUAUUUUUUUGCACAUGUCGGUCUGUCCGUCGCUCCGUCCACCAAAUGGUUUCCGGAUGAUAACUCAAGAACGCUUACGCCUAGGAUCAUGAAACUUCAUUGGUACAUUGAUCAUUACUGGCAGAUGACCCCUAUUGAUUUUCAGGUCACUAGGUCAAAGGUCAAGGUCACAGUGACAAAAAAUGUAUUCACACAAUGGCUGCCACUACAACUGACAGCCCAUAUGGGGGGCAUGCAUGUUUUACAAACAGCCCUUGUCUUUAUUCUUAAGUCUCAGAAUGGGUUGAAGAAUGCAGGUCUAGAGCAUGUAGACUUAAGAAUAAAUAAUAGACUUAGAAUCAAGAAAAAUAUGCCCAGCAUUUUAAUUUAUAUUGGCUAACUCUGAAAAUAAUGUCAUUUCCAAAAUGUUUAAGAAUUAUUUGAAUAGUGUUGGUAAUGCCAAGUUUGACUCAAGACUCAAACAAUUAGUUAAUAUUCACAUUCAAAGAAUAUUCUUUAUUUUAGAAUUAACUCUAAGAAUUGUUUGUUGAAAACUGCUCCAGGUAUCAGUUGUACAUAUACUUAAGUAGCCAAUUGAAAAACAUUAAGUAUUCUGGUGUAAUUAAACCCUUGAAGUAUGUGUAAAAACAUAGCUAUGUCUAGUUGUAAAGAACAAGUAGAAUUUCUAAUGUAUGCCUGUUUAUCAUUUUCAAUAUGAAUGGCAAAUGUCUUCAUUUUAGGCACCAUUUAUUUUGAAGGGAUCAAAUUUAUCAUAUUGUUCUAUAUACAUGUUCAAAUUGUUUACUGUUAAAAUCACGGCUGAUUAAUUGUUCUUGUUGAAUGCAGUUGGUAAAUUGUGUGCUGUGAUAACCACAAGUCACAUGAUUUAAUAUGGGGUACCUUUACAUAAGAAUAGACAUGCAUGUUUACGUGAAUAGCGGAACCACCUAUAGGGGAUGUCUGUGUGGGGUCAUCAUUAAAUAUUUUUCUCAAUAUUUAAUUUUAGCAUUUACAACGCAUGAUAUACUGUCCAUGUCUAAUUAAACCCGUCGCUAAUUAAACACGCAUGUUUUUAACAGACAUCAAUGUGUUUUUGUGUUCCAGUUUAAUUGACUCACAUACAAACUUAAACAGGAAGCACCAAUUGAUUUGAGUAACUUUGGCGUCUGUUUGCGAGACAGAUUAUACAUGGUUUCUUCAUUUUAUUUUUUGGCUCCAAAUUUAUUAUUUUGGUAAAACAUAUGAUCUCUUUGAGUGCAUAUUUUCCGAUUAUACAUUGUAAGAUCAAAUGAUUUGAUAUACAAGUUUACAGGUUCAUUGCAAACUGGUAUUGGAAGUAUGUUAGUCUAUAUGUAUCUCUAUGACGUAUCACUUUUGCCUGAGUGUUAUGUUUGUUCCAGCAUCGUGUAUCAAGAUUAUAAUUUGAAUGCAAGAGAUUUGGCAAGCAUUGUAAUUUUGGUAUGUUCUACUUUUAAACAGACAAUUGAUAAUCUUUUGCAUAUUAAAUUAUGUUGAUAUAAAUAUUUGAUAUAAAAAAAACACUAACAUUUCUCUCCAGAUUUGAUAUGAAAUAAUCAUACCUUUAAUAUUACUGUUUCAAACUGUUAAUGACUCUUGUUUUAUAUUUCAUUGCUACUUUUUAUUCUAAGCCGAGUUAACAAAAGCACUUUAUUAGACUGUGGCACUCACUAUGCAUGUUUGUGUUAGUAUUUAGUUCUAUUUACCAAAUCUGGAUUGUCAUUAUAUGUUAGAGACAUAAUUCAGUUUGCUUAUUUGUAAACGGUAUACCGGUAAAUUGAAUGAACACAGUUUAUUUGAUAAUGUGCUUGAAAUUUCCCUGUUAGAAACAUUUACAGUUACGACAGUGAAUUGAUGUUUUUGUUUCUUUUAUUUUUUGUAUUAUGAUGUUUAAAUGAUGACACAUGUCUGACAAUGUGAAUGUUAUGUUUUCAAACUGAUUUAUGUGCUGAAUGUUUAACAUAAGAUACAGCUGAUUUAAAAUGUGUAUGUGUGGAAUUUCUAAAAUAUACUAUGUAUAUUUGUUCAUAUUGUGAUAUCAAAUCAUUUUUCAUGUUGUUUCAGAUACUAGUAUUGAUGCACUUUAAUAAUACGACUUAAUGUGUCAGUUUAAGUUAAAUACCUAGUACUUAUGAGAUUUAGCUAGUUAUAUUUUAUUGUAUUGCUCAUCAAUAUUUACCUGGCCCUUACCUUUAUUUAUGAAUAUAUUUAAAUACCGUUACACUGGAUACUUUAUUUUUCGCACUUAAAAGAGAUUUAAAUUGAUAGAAGCUUACCUCACUUGGUAUAUUUGCUAAACGUGCACUAACAAAGUAAAAUGUAAAAAAAGGAAACCAUCCUAGCAUAUUGCUUCGCCACGGUUUGUGAAAAGGGGGUUUAAUUCAUGUGCGUAAAGUGUCGUUCCAGAUUAGCCUGCGCAGUCGGCACAGACUAAUCAGAGACGACUUUUUCCGCCUAAACUGGAUUUUUGCAAAUCAGAGACUACUGCACAUGCUAAUCUGGGACGACACUUUACGGACAUUCAUUAAACCCCCUUUUCACAGAGCACGGCCCAAUUUAUGCUAUUGGAGUUUACGAGUGCCAGGUCACUGUUGUUGAGCUUUGUUUAUAAUCUAAAUGAAAUUGUGAUGUGGAAGAUGACAAUAAGCCAAAUAAUUCCUUUGAUAAUCCUUUGCAAUAAAGUAGAGCUUUUCCAACUUUAAUAAAAAAAUAAUUUGAUUGGGUCAAAGGAUUUUUUGAUGAGACAAUACUUACAACUUUCCCUUAUUAUUAAAUCUAUUGGUGUGAAACAUUGGAGUCAAAUCAUUGUGAUAACCCAUUCAUGCCUAGCGUCCUGAAAAAAGGACAUUGCAAACAGCGUAGACCCAGAUGAGACGCCGCAUGAUGUGGCAUCUCAUCUGUGUCUGCGCUGUUUGCUUAAAGGAAUUUCAGUAAGUAAUAUGCUAAAUAUAGAAAUAAAUAUACUUGACAUCUCUAAUUUUGGAAAUAAAUUGAUCCAAUUUAGAAAAAUGGGAGAGUCCACUAGACAUAAAUGGGUUAAUUCGUACUUGGUAAUAUUCUGGUACCCUGCUUCUUUACGUAGUGAAAGGGGAAGGAACUCCAUUCGUACUUGGUAAUAGAACAAUGUUAGUCACAUUUAUGCUGUUCAUGCCAUGAAAAUUACUCAGUUCUCUGUUUUAAUAAACACAAAUAACUGAAA